AAACACCUAAGUAGGACUAAAACAUUGAAAAUAUACCAAAAUAGGACUUCCAUGUUUUUAUUCCCGAAAUAGAACUUACAUUACCAAACAUCGUCAUAUACAUUACCAAGAAAGUAUAGUGAUUUGCACAUGUACACUGCAACAUUACCACAAUGCAAAGUCCUAUUCCGGGAAAAAAACAUGAAAGUCCUAUUUUAGUACUUUUCUCUAUUCAAUAAAUAAAAAGAACAUAUUUUCGAGGACAACAAAAAAAAAUGAAAUGAAAAGGGGAUCUGGGAGUAUAUAAAGCAUAUAAGUCGACAACGAUCCAGCUAAUAAGGAAGAUGGAAAGAUCAGAAAGGGAGAGUGGAGUUGAUGAAAGGGGAGAAGGGAGAGUAGUGGUUCUGGUGCCAUACCCUUUGCAAGGGCACAUGACCCCCUUGCUGCAACUAGGACACGCCCUCCACUCGAAGGGCUUCUCCGUCAAAAUUGCCCACACCCAAUACAACCCCCCCACCCCUUCCCACCACCCAAACUUGUCCUUCCACAACUUAGCAGAGGGAGAUGAUAUUCCAAGUGGUGAUGUGGCCGAAAGACUGAUUUUUGCCGGCACCAUGAAUGAGAAUUGUAGGGUACCCCUUCGGGAGUAUCUGGAGAAACUGGGUGACGACGUCCGUUGCGUCAUCUACGACAAUCUCAUGUACUAUGCUGGCCACGUGGCUUCUCUUCUCCGUCUCCCUUCCAUCGUUAUGCGCCCUUUCAGCGCACUUUUCGCUCUAUUUGUAGUCCAUCUUCUCCGACAUGGAGAUUCUGUUUUUCCUGUUCCGGAGUACAAGCUUGAGGAUUCAAUUCCUGAGUUAGAUCUCGUGAGGUACAAGGACAUCCCCUCUUUCAUGAGUUCAAGAGAAGCGAAAAGUUUCAUGUCCAUGUCAACGGAUAUAGGAUCUUCGGUGGCCAUAAUAUGGAACACAGUAGAGGGUCUCGAGCACAAAUGGCUCUCGAGGCUUCAACAGCUCUACAAAGUACCCAUCUUCCCAACAGGCCCUUUUCACAAGUUUUCCAUUACUCCCACGAACACUAGCUUCUUGGAAGAAGACAGAAGCUGUCUCUCAUGGCUGGACAAACAAGCUCCUCAAUCGGUCCUCUUUGUAAGCGCGUCGGGGAGCAUAGCCGAGAUUGAAGAAGGAGACUUUGCGGAGAUUGCUUGGGGGCUCGCCGACAGUGGCCACUCUUUCCUUUGGGCCAUCCGCCCCGGAUCCAUCAAAGGCAUGGAAUGCGAAGAGGGGCAGUGGGAAGACUUGGAGAGGAGAAUGGGAGAGAGGGGAAGGAUAGUGAAAUGGGCACCACAAAAAGAUGUUUUAGCCCAUGGUUCGGUGGGGGGGUUCUGGAGUCACUGCGGUUGGAAUUCGACGAUGGAGGCCCUGGGGGAAGGGGUACCCAUGAUUUGCAGGCCGGUCUUCGCCGACCAACUCACGAAUGCCAGAUUCUUGGUCCAAGAAUGGCGGGUGGGGCUGGAAUUGAAAGAGUUGGAGAGAGGUGUGAUUGCAAAAACUGUUAAAGAGCUUAUGAGGGAAGGGGAUGAGAGGGACAAGGUGAAGAAGAAUGCCAUGGGGAUGAAGCGGAAAUUAGAUGAUUCUUUCAAGAGAGAUGGAUCUUCACACAGAGCUCUGAAUGAACUUGCACACUUCAUUUCUUCGCUCCCACGUUGUGAACUUCGAUUGUAAUUUCAUUGACGGUGAGCGCAAUUGGCAAAGACAAAGAGUGCCAAGGGAUAUACCUGAGUUUGAUUUCUGACAACUGCGGUGUGACAACUAUAUUAAACAUAGGGUCUCUCCGAGUACCAAGUGCAGACUCCGCUCUCUACCACCAAUCUACGAUUAAAGUCUAAUUUACUUCUUCUCAAUAACUGUUUGACCGGAUCUUAGAGAUUCUUUUGGGACCCGGCUCAUCCUUUUUUUCGAAUGUAAUUUCUUUGUUUUCCUAAUCUUACAUUCAUGUGUUUGUGUGUUUCAUUAUUCUAGUCAUUUGAUUAAAUUCCCAAUCACUCGGAUCCUAAGGUGUACACGUGUCUAUGUGUGUAUGGAAUAAAAAAAAUUAAAUAAGAAGAGAUUGU